CCGUUACUUAUCCCGUAUUAUGGAACAUAGCGAGGAAAUUUUUAAUUUCCUUUCCAUCGUCAUAGCUAGUGGAAAGAGGGUUCAGCGCUGUUACCAAUCUCCUAACGAAAAAAAGAAACAGACUGGACAUCUGGACAUCAUUAGCCGAGGAGAUUUAAAAUUAACCCUUACAAAAUUGACGCCAAAUGUUGAUAAUUUAUUUUAUUGCGUAUACGUAACAUUAAAUAAACAGGUGUCUGACCAAUAAACACCCGCAUUGGGAAUAAGUGCCCGCAUUGAUUUUUUUAGAAAAUAUAUAUUUUUUUAAAUUAUUCUGCAAAUUCAAGGAUAGGUACACACUAAAAUUCGUUAAUUUUUUGCCUAUUUUUAGAUAACUUAAACGUAUAAGAAGCGGAAUUUAAUCAAACUGAC